AUGCUCGUAGAUACAAUAAGUUGGUUCGGGGAUCCGAACCCAAUAAAGAUUCUAUCGAGCAAGUCCAAAGGGUAUGUCGUUCCCGAGAUCGAAGGAAUGCCUUUUGAAGUCAUUAUCAAGUUCUUCCCUAUAGGAGCAAGACAAGCUCGUCGCUACCAAGAAUGA